AGCAACCAUUGUUGGGUUCGGCCACUUGUUUCUUUGAACCACCAACGCGUAUCAAUUUGAUAGCUUCCUUUCCAUAUUGUUAUCCAAAAAAGAAGACAUGAAAAAGGGGAAAGGAGGAAGGAUAAAGACAGGGUGAUGUAGAGUCUGUGUGCGUGUAUAUAUACAGUCAGUCCGACCCUGACAAUUGUCAAAGCAAACCGCAUGCAAAAUGCAGUUCUAAUCUGGCUUCUCUUCUCUGCUCAUUUGACAGUCUUCCAUCGUUUUUGAGUUUCAGAACAAGCCAAAUCCUUGAAUUGAAUUCUCUUUUCUUUGGGAAUAGGAACCAUGUGUAUUGCUGCCUUUGUUUGGCAAGCUCAUCCGCUCUAUCCUCUUCUUCUGCUACACAACAGAGAUGAAUACCACAACAGGCCUACAACGCCAGUGGCAUGGUGGGAUGAUGGUAGCGGGAUUUUGGGAGGAAGAGAUGAGGUUGCAGGAGGGACAUGGUUGGCAUGUUCAAAACAAGGCAGGGUAGCUUUUCUUACCAAUGUGUUGGAGCUUCAUACCCUACCUGAAGCAAAGAGCCGCGGGGAUCUUCCUGUACUUUUCUUGGAGAGCACAAAGAGCCCGAUGGAAUUUGCAGAGGAACUAGUGAAAGAGGCUCAUCAGUACAACGGAUUUAACCUGAUAUUGGCUGACAUUCCUUCCAAAUCAAUGGUUUAUGCCUCCAAUAGACCAAAGGGGGAGCCCGUUAGCAUCCAACAGGUUUCUCCAGGCCUUCACGUUCUUUCAAAUGCGAAGCUCGACUCACCCUGGCAUAAGGCUCAGCGGCUGGGUAAAAACUUCAAACAAAUGCUCAAUAAACUUGGUAAAAAUGAAGUAAUCGUGAAAGAGAUGGUUGAAAAACUUAUGAAGGACAAAGUUAAAGCUGAUAAAAGCAAGUUACCUGGGAUUUGUGCUCUUGACUGGGAGUUCAAUCUUAGCUCCAUAUUUGUCGAAGUGGACACCCCACUGGGGCUUUAUGGCACAAGAAGCACCGCAGCAUUGACCAUACAUGCUGGUGGGGAAGUUGCCUUUUACGAGAAAUAUCUUGAAAAGGAUAUGUGGAAAGAGAGAACCACCAAUUAUCAUAUCCAGAAGGUCAAGUAGAUUGAGGUGGUAAACCAUCCUUUCCAAAAAGAAGAGAUUUAAUCGUCACAACUUUUAUCUAUUUUUGUGUGAUAUCAAGAAUUUUAAGCUUAUGUACUUAGACUAAUUUAAUGAUGCAGGCCUGAUAAGGCACAAUCAAUAAAACAAUGGAUGAACAUGUAUCUAGUAAUUAUACUUGGCAACUGCAAAAUUUCCUUCCA